AUGCAGCCACGCUUUGAUGUGGCAGCGUACAGACCAGCUGCUGCCAAGACCCCAUACGCCAGACCCCUGGAGGUCGGAGGCUUCAGUCGCAUCGAUGGCGAGCUGCAUUUCGACAAGCGCGCAUUGCGCCGAUACAAAGCGCCGAGGCUGCCGAACUCGCUCGCCACUGGAUAUUCGGACUUCGUGCCGAAGCGCGACGACAAGGCCGCGGCGGAGCAGUGUCUCUUGGCAGCAGUCGAGCGCUACGCGGAGCAAACAAGUAGAGCGCACUUCGUGACGUACCGCAAUAAUCUAAACAAGCUACUCGCAACGCUUCAUUGCCCGAACGACGAUUGGUCCAUUGGUGUCAAGCGCCUCGCGGGCGACCAGCGGUGGCUGCUGCGCGUGCGAGACACGCCGCGGCGGCGCGACGAGGAACGGAGCCAGUCGGACGCGCAGAGGCUCAUGUCCUACUUCGGCUACCGCUUCGAGGCUUUGUGUACUGGCCACGAGGGGACCAUCGACGCCAACGAUGAGUACGUCGGCCUGUUUAAUUGCAAACUGGGUUCGCAUCGCCUCGCCGUGGCGGCCGAGAUCGACAGCGUCGACGACGCCGGUACAUAUGUGGAGCUGAAGACGAAUAAACUGCUCGCGUCGAAGCGACUCGUGGGCACCUUCGAGCGGUUCAAGAUGUUCAAAUUCUGGGUACAGUCGUAUCUCGUAGGAACGCCACGCGUGAUCGUUGGUUUUCGGGACGAGGACGAACUAAGGAAGCUGCAGAGCUUCGACACGCUGGAGCUGCCGGGACUCGCGGCGGCGGGCGCGCAGGGGCGACCGUCGUGGCGGCCGCAGGCGUGCCUCGGCUUCGCGGACGCGGUCCUGAGGUGGCUCCGAGCCGCGCUCGACGCCGCCGACGGUGACGCGUAUGUUGUGACGUAUAAUCCCGAAGCGCGCGCGAUUUCGUUCGCCCAAGACGUUGAAGCUGCGAAGCGGCGGCGACAAGAAUAA